AUGGAUCUCGAAAACAGAAUCAAGGCCUACCGCUUCGUGGCCUACUCGGCCGUCACCUUCUCGGUCGUUGCCGUCCUCUCGGUCUGCAUCACCCUCCCAAUGGUCUACAACUACGUACACCAUGUCCGUCGUCAGAUGCACAACGAAAUCACCUACUGCAAGGGAUCCGCCAAGGACAUCUGGUCCGAAGUCACUCAACUCAAGAACAUCCCCGUCUCCCAAAACCGUACCGCUCGUCAGGCCGGCUACGCCGAUGCGGGAGUUGGCGGAGGAGCCGGCGCAGGCCCAUCAGGCGGAAGCUGCGACAGCUGCUGCUUGCCUGGCCCACCAGGACCAGCCGGUACCCCAGGUAAACCUGGACGCCCAGGAAAGCCCGGAGCUCCAGGAUUGCCAGGAAACCCAGGCAAACCACCAGUCCAGCCAUGUGAGCCAGUCACCCCACCACCAUGCAAGCCAUGUCCACAAGGACCACCUGGCCCACCAGGACCUCCAGGCCCACCAGGAGACUCCGGAGCCCCAGGACAACCAGGGAACCCAGGAACCGACGCUCCACCAGGCGAACCCGGACCAAAGGGACCACCCGGCCCACCAGGAGAACCAGGACAGCCAGGAGCUCCAGGAGAACCAGGACAACCCGCCCAAUCCGAGCCAUUGGUCCCAGGAGAACCAGGUGCCCCAGGAGAGCCAGGACCACCAGGCCCACCCGGACCUCCAGGACAACCAGGAAGCGACGGUGCUCCAGGCCCAGCCGGACCAAAAGGACCACCAGGCCCAGACGGAACUCCCGGAAACGACGGAGCCCCAGGACAACCAGGUCAAGCUGGUCCAGCUGGAGCCGCCGGAGAGAAGGGAAUCUGUCCCAAGUACUGCGCCAUCGACGGAGGUGUCUUCUUCGAAGAUGGAACCAGACGUUAA